AUGCAAUUGUCAACAUUGCUCGUAUCUGCCCUGGUGGCGAUUGUUUCUGCGGCGCCCACAUACCCCGAAGUCAAGGCAAAGGAUGCCCGUUCGGCCAUCGACUCUCUAGGCUCCUUGUCCGACUACUUCAACUCUCUGGCAUACAAAGUCAAGGCGGCCAAGGUUUCUGGAGAGGUUCCCGUCUGCGACCUGUCACAAGCCAGGAUGCCUCUGAACGGAGCCCUGGCCGAUCCCGCCAAAGGUCUCACCCUCAAGCAUGUUGCUGUUGGUCGCGGCACUCAGAAUUAUACCUGCGACCCCAAGGAGCCCUCAGUUGCCCCCAAGGCCACCGGUGCCGUGGCUACCCUGUUUAACGCCAGCUGUGUCGCGGCCCUAUACCCUGACCUCCUCGAGCGCAUCCCUGGCAUGGCCGUCCACUUCCCCCUGACGAAUUCAUCCAGGCUUGGCCCGGCUGAGCUGCCCGUGUCGGGCCACCACUACUUCACCGCCGACGGAGUGCCCUUCUUCGACAUCCGCACACCGGGUCACGACAUUGGCGAGGCUCCCUGCGCGAAGAACGACUCAGCUCCCGCGCCGUCAAGCGCCUCGGUGGGACAGAAGGGAGAGGCUGCCGUGCCUUGGCUUAAGCUCGACACCAUUGAGGGCGCCACCCACAACAUCAAGCAGGUGUACCGUCUCACAACGGCUGGCGGUAGCCCUCCUGCCACUUGCGAAGGAAUGGAUGCGCAGUUCCAGGUUGAAUAUUCGACAGUAUACUGGUUCUGGGCUGGCGACAUUGAAGAGGAUGAAGAGUAA